AUGGAUAUUGAGGAUGCAGUUAGUCAAAUUCUUGGCAUGGGCUUCACAGACGAGAAGAAAGUUCGCCACGCGUUGUCUCUGGCUCGCAACCGAGUACCAGACGCCGUAGAACUGCUAACGGGUGGAAGCAGCCAACUAGGCGAGGACGACAUGGAAAUGGACGAAGUCACAAUUCACAGCGGCGAAAGUGGCUCACCAAGAAAGCGCCGGGGCACUGACGAUAACCACAGUUGUGGCGACUGGGGAGAGGAGCCGCCGCGUUACGACGAUUUCCAAACCGGAAGUGCUGGAGAAAGAAGGAAAAAACCCGCAAGAGAGACUGGAAGCAGUAGCGACGUCGAGUUUCCUCUCACUCAUCUGUAUGAACUAGAGGAACGUUUGAAUGCAGAGAGUUGGUCUGUUCCCGUGAGGCGCGACGAGUCCCUGGGCAAGUGUCUCAUUGCGUCUUUUACUCUCGCACGGGAAGGGCUUGCUGACACUGAUGAUGGAUGUAUUCGUUUUAUGGAAAGCUCACUGCACUUGGCAUUUGAGAAGCUGCACACAUCGUACAUGGUGUGUCGUUGGGGUACUGACGUGCAAUCAGGAAUAAUGGACAUGACGAUACUAUUGGUCAAGUUCAUUGCUGUUAAGCUUAGUCAUGGUACCGUGCCAAUCAAACUACUCGGUCUGUUGUCACAGACCUUUGAUCCUGAUUCAGAGUUUCAUUACAAGAACAGGGCAAAGUCUCCUAUGGUUGUGAGUGGUAUGGAGGGUGUGGAACCAUAUGCUGUGAAGAUGCCAUUGUCAUCACAGAAUGAACCAUAUGGUUGGCUUAUAACGCUCAUAAACUUGUUUGGCGUAUCUGGAGGUGUCCAUGCAAUUGUUCAUCGAAUAACUAACUCUGAAGAGAAACUAGAAGCACCGGGACUAGCUGCAUUGCUUGGUCCGUUUGGAAAAUGUGCAGAGUUUUUGAAUUCAGAUAGAAUGAAGCGACUCUUGAAUGACAGCUGUCACAAAGCUCUUACAUAUAUUCAAAGUCUUUCAGAAGACGACUUCAAAAGAAAGGAAACUGGUCAAGUAUCAGAUCUCUUUAAUACUCUAAAGCUAAUUUUUCGGUCACUAUGGACUUCUCGCAAUGUCGAUCACGUUCAUGAACUUCGGUUGCAGACAUCUUUGAGGAUGCUAGAGACAGCACAUUUCAAUGCCAAAAUGAAUGCACUCAAGGAGAUCAGCAAACUAGUUGACGAAUCACAGUCACAAACCCGGCUUGUAAAGAGUCCUAUUUCUCAUCAAAGACUUCUGAUGUGGAUGAAAGAAAAAGAGGUUUUGGAGACAGCUUUAGAAGGAAAUCUUCACCAACACCAAUAUUGUGACAGAGUGAAAUCAAUGAUGGAGCUGUUAGGAUCUCAGUUGUCUAAAGCACAGCUCACCAAAAUUUGGGCAAUUCAAGCUGGGAAGCAUCCGGUUGUUGUUGAAAACAUCCACACCAUCAUGGCUGUUGCAGCAGCAAAGUUUGAUGUCGUGCAGUUGGAUCAUCUGUUCGACUUGAUACAAGAAACUUGGAGCAAUGCUAAUAACCGUCACCGUGAAAAGCUUCUUGGAUUUAUAGGGAAAAUAGGUAGAGAUGACAAUCAAGGCAGAAUUGCAGUAAAGGUUCUGGAUCUUCUCUGGAAUCUUUCUCAACUUCCUCAGCUUCCUCAUGAGAUGAUCCAACAAGCACUUCAAGCUCAUUCAAGAAUCCUUAGUGAUUCAAUGUCAGUCAAGGAUGAUCUGAAGAAACAGUAUGCUCAGAAGUGCAUAGAAAAUAUCAAAAAAACUGUUUUAGUAUUGCCAUCAUUGAGGCACCUGCAAGAUAUCAUUCAAGGCAUAAAGCCUCCUUAUCACAAAGCAGACAACUCGGUUAUACAGGACUUGAAUAAACAGCAUGGUUUGAUCAAACUUUGUGUGACAAGUCUUGUUCGUUGUCAUCGGGAAGCAGUAGCAAUAGCAGCUACGAAGAAACAAGAACUAGCUGAGUUUUUGGUUGUCAAUGGUUCUUUCACACAUGCCGAGUAUGUUCAGACACACUUAAAGUUUUUGGGAUACAUUCUUAAUGCUGGUCUAUUGUACAUCACCAUUCACCGAGUCAAAGACGUUUGGGACUGCCUUGUUGCAAACCCAGAAGCUUGUGAAUUUGAUGCAGAGGUUUGUUUUGACUGGUUCAUUAAUGGAAUGAGAGACAUGCAGCCCCAAACUCAGGCAGAUAUGUUUGAACAGAGAGUACUGUCUUUGCCACCUGAAAAGAUCAGUAACAAAGGUUACGAAUGUUUCAAAGUGUUUUUUGAGAAUGUCAAUAUUUCGGCACACAAGAUGAGGACAAGUGUACAGGACUUUCCAAGUGUGGAAGAUCAUGAUUUGAUUGGUAUAGACUACCUUUGGAAGAUUGCAUUGAAAACUCCAUCUGAGGAAAUUGCUCAGAAUGCUGUUGAAGUGCUUUUACAUGUUAUGUACGUAUCAGUUUGUAGCAGACUCAAGCAGGUGCCAGUUGAGUUACACACUCAUUUUAUUGAAGAGAUAUCUCGAAGACUUGAUGAGGAAGUGCAGUCAGUCAGGAGCCUGUCAAGUGUUCAUCUUGCUAUAUCGUUUGUAGCUACUGCUUGUACAGCACCUUCAUCACCAGCAGCAGCAGCUGCAGUGACGUCUUUGCCAGACAGAUUAAGCCGUUUCCGAGUUAUAGAGAGACUUCUUCUUCUUGCUGAACGUUACAUAAGCACAGUUGAGUCUACUCUACAUUCUUCUCGUAACUUUCCAUCUCAUGGAGCUAGUUUUCAGGGUCAGCUAUUACGUAUCCAAGUUCAUGGUGAUCAGCCCAAGAAUGACUUUGUUAUGCAGUGUCACAGCAAUGAGACUCUUAUUUCUCUACGUCAAAGACUAUCAGCCUGUUUAAGAACUACCACGGACAAGUUACAAAUCUACUUUGGCACUGGGCUUUUGCUGCAGAACAAAAACUACCAGAUGCUGUAUCAACUCGGUUUCAAAGAUGAGGCAGUUGUAUCUAUAAAGAUCAGUAACACUUUUGUCUCUGCAUACAAAAGAAAUGAGAGUUCCAGCAGGCGCAUUUAUCAACUAGAUAUGGAGCAACAGUUUCCUAGUCACUUGAUAAGCAAGAGAAAAGACACAUUUACAAGGCUGUACCAGUUUGCCGAUCUUGGUGACUCCAGAAUAGCAACUAGAACUCGAUCACUGCUAAUGCUUUUACCUAAUGAUCCAGACGUUGUUAAGGCUUUUGAUGAGAUUGUGGAAAGCAGUCAGACUUCAGAUAUUGUGUCUGUUGGAUAUGUUCUACAAAGAUUGCUGACAUACAAAGACCCAGACAUGACAACAUUCCGACUCUUGUAUAAUCUGGAGAUUCUCAGUGGUAAGUUGAUGCCAACUACUGAAGGUGCAUCUCCUGCUGUUAGUGCCGAUCAAUUUUGCGCUUAUUUGCUAAAAGCGAAUGGCCACAGGUUUAUAAUCAAUCUCCUUGAAUCAAGCAUGGUACCCGAUACGGUAGACUAUGAAGUUCGGCAAGAAUUUUAUUUACAGCUGUUACGCGUUGUCUGGUAUCUACUUUGUGGACCGGAUGGUGUAUCACAGCCAGUGGCAACUGCUGCAGCAUCUUUGUCAGUUUCGGCCAGUUCUUAUAACGGUGACUCUGUACAUACAGAACAACCUCACGAAGACGAUGGGUUAGCAUGCAAUGCUGCAGUGACGAUGAGUGAGAAUGAAUUCCGUGAGACAGUUUUAUCUGUCAUGCAUGUUGCUUGGGCUGCUGCCAUAGGCCAGUUGCAGCAAGUGAAUAUCUUAUGGCAGGAUGAGACGAUUUCUAGAAGUGCUACACAUCAGCUAAAUGAAGAAUUGUUACCAAAGGAUGCCUUUAUAGCCAGAAUGGCUUUGGAGCUGUUCGUCACAUGUUUGCUUAGACGAGGAAAUACCUCUAUCAUGUACAAUCUUCCUCAUGUAAACACUUUUAUUGUCGAUGUUCUCUUAACUUGCCCAUCCAAAGAGGUUCGUGAGGUUGCAGUUGAACAGUUUAACAAGGUGGCUCAAGCUCCAGCAGACCGACCUGAAACUGACAGUCCUAGAAAAUUUUUGCUUUGCGUGCUUCUUAAUGCUCCUGUUCCUCUUUGGUCACCUGCUGCCAGUGUUCGUGGUACACACAGACAGUUGUUAUGUCGGUGCACUGAAUAUUUUAAGAUGAGGUGUUGUUUGCUGAAUCGACUAUCGGAACAAGAGCAAGAAGACCUGAAUGUAAAGCCUAAUGAAAUGCUGGAACAAGAAAUGAACUGGCUUGACAGUGUUAUCACGAGCCCAGGAUUGUCUGCUGGUGAUCCCAGUGCUGUCACUUUACUUGCUGGACAUUUGAAGCUAAUAGCAACGCUUUUCUCUUGCCAAGGAGUAGACAAGAGGCAAAGAUCUAGUCUAGUGAAAGAGGUGUUGGAUGAUUUUCUGUUUCCUGCAUCAACUGUCAUGCUGCAGAGAUCGGGAACAUCUGGCCCAACGUCUCGUAUUAGUCCCAGGUGUAAUACAGCUCAGUCACAAGAAGCUGCUCACGAACUGUUGGUGACACUUGCUGAAAGUUGUGCAGAAAAUAUGAAAGAAAUUGUUGAUCAUCUGACAUCAAGGCAUCACUCAUUCAACCCUGAAAUAGCUAAAGAGUGGGAGUUUCAGCCACCUGUUGCACCUCGAGCCAAAUGUGGAUUUGUUGGCCUGAAGAAUGGAGGUGCCACAUGCUACAUGAACUCAGUUAUGCAGCAGUUAUACAUGCAACCAGCUGUUGUCGAUGCUCUUUUGGCAGUAGACAACUCGGAGAUGGAUGAAGAACACACGUUCUUUCAAAUGCAGCAGGUGUUUGCUCAUUUAUUGGACAGUCAGCUGGAGCACUACAUUCCUGAGCAGUUCUGGAAGAAUUUCAAGUUAUGGGGACAGCCGGUCAAUAUUCGGGAGCAACAAGAUGCAUUUGAGUUUUUUAGUGAUUUAACAGACCAAUUAGACAGUCAGCUGAAGGCGGCAGGAAAAACUGAGAUAUUUCAAAAGACAUUUGGUGGUAUGUUCACUGAUCAGAUCAUCUGUAAGGACUGCCCUCAUCGUUAUGAGACAAACGAGGCAUUUUGGAGCUUGCAGUUGAGUGUCAACUCGAGCUGUACUAUUCAAGAAGCUUUGCAACAGUUUGUGAAAGGUGAAGACUUAGAGAAAGAUAAUGCUUACUUCUGUGAACAGUGUGGAGAGAAGAGAGAUGCUACAAAGAGACUCUGUAUCAAAACUUUACCUGAAUCACUUGUCAUACAUCUCAAGCGAUUUGGAUAUGAUUGGGAAGAAUCAAGAGCUUUGAAAUGCAAUGAUUAUUUUUCUUUUCCUUGGGCUAUUGAUAUGGCACCUUACACAGCCGAAGCUCUUGGUCUGACAGACAUAAAUAAAGACCAUGAAGAAGAAGAGAUGGAGGAAUCAUCAGAAGCAAUAGAAUUAAGCUCUCAAGAUUUGACAGCCACUCAGUCUUAUUCUCUAGACUCUGGAAGUCAAUCAGUAAUGCCACAAGCACCAAUCGUGUAUGAACUUGUUGGUAUAAUUGUACACAGCGGUCAGGCACAUGCCGGUCACUACUAUUCGUUUAUCAAGGACAAAAGAGGUCCCUUUAUGAAGUUUGACAAAGCAAAUCCUAGUGCUGGCAAGUGGUACAAAUUUAGUGACACUGUUGUUGAAGAGUUUGAAAUGAACAAAUCUACCCUGGAGACUGAGUGCUUUGGUGGACAAUACAAGCCGAAGACAUAUGACACUGGUGAAGUAAGAAUGCGAUCUUAUAAUGCUUACAUGCUGUUUUACAAAUCACUUGGUGACAAUAUGGAAAGGGAACAUGUUCAGCCAUUGUCUCCAUUGGCUCAAGUUGGUGUUGAUGGCCUCAGUCAAUUGACUGCCCUUGUUGAGAAGGGAGAAAGCAGAGGUAUUUUCUCUGAUCGAAUGCCUGUUAGAAUUCAAAGAGCAGUUGAAGAAGAGAAUCUCGAGUUUAUGAAAAAUCGCGAUGUUUAUAAUGAAGAUUACUUUCGUUUUAUUAACAAUUUAACGUCAGUUAACUUGGAGUACAUUGCCGGUGACUCGACGGGUACUCUCGGCAUAUGCAGCAUACAACUAGCAGUAAACUUCUUAUUCCACACAUACUUUCAUACCCAAGACCGACUGAGGAGAGAAACAGAUAAGUGGUGCGAAACACUGGCCAAUCUCUUACAUCGAAGUGCUCUUGCUUGUGAGUGGCUCAUUCAAUAUUUAAGUGGCGAGAACGGCUACCAGCACAUACGACCUUUGCUGCUUGAGUGUCCAAAUAAGGACGUGAGAACCGCAUUUGCUUCUAUAGUUCACAAGACACUCGAGAGUCAUCUCGAGCAUGGUGGCAAUUUGAAGGAUGACUGCGACCAACUACUAGAACACUUGCUGUGCAUGCUGCAGAAAGACGUACCCACAAACUGGAAAACGUGUGCUCAGUACAUCUGGCUACUCAACUCAUACGCAAAGCUGGCACGUCCAAGAGCAGCCGACCAUCUGCUUGCUAGAGAUGCAUUCACGCGCAUUUUGUGUUUUCUGAUUUGUGUAACUCCAGCUGAAUUGGGUGUGAAUGUAUCUGAUGAUACGAAGGCUAGUUUAAAUGAAAGCAAAGAGAGGACAUCAGGACAUCGUUGGCCCAUACAUCAAUCAAGAGAGUUUGGUCAGCUCUACUCUUGCCUGUACAUCAUGAUUGGUAGCUGUGACUUGUCAUCACUUGAGACAAUACACUGUGAUAAUGAAGAGUUUGUUCCGAAUCCUUACUCAUUUGCUAGUGAGGAAACUUUGCUUGCUUUGCCACAAGAAGUGAAAAUAGUUGUUGCCAACCAACACAGAGAAACUUGUGUCAGAGAGAUUGUAGCUGCAUGCUGUGAAGUGUCUGCAUUUCGUGAGGAAAGUUAUCGUCUUGUGUGCUGUUUGAGUUGGCGGAAUGAGGAUUUCACAUGCGCUGUGUUAGCACACAUUCUGCAUGAACUGUCAACUGUACCAUCAAAUGAGAUGAAGCCACUGUUUCAGAUGCUUCAUGAACUAAUGCUGAUCGACGAUCCUCUUCAAUUGAUGAGACUACGAUUUAUAGUCGAGGAGAGUCAAAGCGACAACCUUUUGACAAUUGUUAGUGACUGUAGUAAAAGAGAUAGCAAGAGAGCCUAUCAAUGUAUCAAAUUCUUGGUCAACCUUGCUAACCUGUGUCAGACCGCUCGACUGUAUCUUGUUGAUAAUGUAUUAAAGUGGAACUGGGCUGUCAACUGGUUGAAGAAGAAGAUGUCAGAACACGACUACUACUGGAACUCGGAUGUUGUAACUCACGUGUCCAAUGAGUCUUCACAGAGCAAGUCGUUUCAGAGAACAAUUAGUGCACAGGAUACACUUCAAGAAGCAACUGCACUACUAAAUGAACUAGAGAAGCCCAAGUUGCAGUCUCAAGAAUCUAGUGGUCACCAGACAGGAGUCAAGCGUCAACGAAGCGAAGACGAAAAAGACGUUGAUACUAAAAUGAAUGAUGAUCACGUGACUGACUUGGACAGCAUCGACGGCUAGAUGAUUUCGUCCAGCAAGGUGCU